AUGGAAGGUGUAAAGUCUGCUGUGUUAGUCACAUUUUUUCUCACCUUCUUCGGACUUUGCUCCGCCAAACCAUCAACCCAAGAGUACGUGCUACUGGAAAAGAACCACGAUGUCGAAGCUUGGCGAGUGGAAGGCUGGGAAAGGCUCGAGCGACUUCGAUCGUCGGAAGAAAUAUUUCUGACCUUCGCUCUCAAGCAAAGUAACUUGGAAUCUUUGGAACGUAUCUUCUGGGAAGUCUCUGAUCCGAAAUCUGAGGAGUAUGGAAAGCAUCUCUCCUUGUCUAACCUAACACAGCUGAUAGCACCAUCAGAAGCGACGAUUUCGGCCGUUCAGAGAUGGCUCCGAAGUUAUGGCGUUCAUUCAAGCGACUGCAGCUCCAUUCUCACGAAAGAUUUCAUGACUUGCCGGAUGUCUUGCCAAUCGGCUGAAGCGAUGCUUGUUGGCGCAAAAUUUUAUCGUUUUAAGCACGCCAAACUUUCCAAGCCCGUUGUUCGUUCGGAUCAACUCUACUCUGUUCCAGAGAGUAUUACGCCUCAUGUUGACUUUGUGGGUGGGGUACUUCGCUUUCCAGCUGUUAACGGCCCAUCGUCGCCCAAGGUUUUUGAUCAUGAAUUUUUAGACAACAUGUUAAUAAGGGAUCGAAUCCAUAUCGGUGUCUUCCCGAGUGUUUUACGAGAGCGCUAUAAUGUGUCUGAUGUUGUUGGAACCCAUCCUGACAACCGCCAGUCAGUGGCACAGUUCCUGGAACAGUACUAUAGUCCUACCGAUUUAGAGGAAUUUUUCUACCUCUUUGGUAGCUCCUUCAAGCACCUGGAGAAAAUGACCAAAGUUAUUGGCCCGGACAGUGGACGCUCUGGUAUAGAAGCCAGUUUGGACACCCAGUACAUCAUGAGUCUUGGUGCCAUGGUACCAACGUGGUUCUGGAGCACUGGUGGUCGCCAUGAAUCACAAGAGCCCUUUUUAGAGUGGCUUCUGGAUGUAAGCAAUCGUUCUGAGGUGCCAUGGGUGCAUAGUGUUAGCUAUAGUGACAAUGAGGAUACACUUGAUGUAGCUUACAUGAAGAGGAUCAAUGUGGAGUUCCAAAAAGCUGGUGUAAGGGGACUGACAUUCUUAUUUGCAAGUGGUGACAAUGGUGCAGGAUGCAAAAAGAAGAAAUUCCGCCCUAUGUAUCCUUCAUCUUCUCCAUAUGUUACCACUGUUGGAGGAACAGCUUUUGACGAUCCCUUCACUGUGUCUGACGAGUAUGCCUAUGACAUCAGCGGUGGAGGAUUCAGUAAUGUAUUCUCUCGUCCUUCUUACCAAACUGAAGUUGUUGAAAAAUACCUGAAAUCGGGGCCUCAUAUCCCACCCCCAUCUUAUUUCAACCAAACCGGCCGUGGAUUUCCUGACAUCUCUGCUGUGUGUAACCACUUCUGGAUCGUCAACAACAUGGUCCCUGUUCCAGGUGUGAUGGGAACAUCUGCUUCUACUCCCACAGUGGCUGGCAUCAUUUCAUUGCUAAAUGAUGCACGGUUACAAAAAAACAAGUCUACACUAGGAUUCUUGAACCCCUUUUUGUAUCAGAAUGCUGCAACUAUGUACGAUGUCACCUCUGGAUACAAUGAUGGAUGUCUGUCUGGGGAUACUGGGUUUUAUGCUACCACUGGCUGGGAUCCAGUGACUGGUUCUGGUACUCCUAACUUCCCAGCGAUGGUAAAGGCAGCUCUUAAUUACCAGUAA